AGAAUAUUUGUUUGCCCCUGUGUUCUUUUUAAAGUUUUCACCAUUCCUCAUUCAACGCUAAACACUCAUUUCUCUCAGUCUUACGACGAUCCAAGACAGCGUUGGAAUUCCACCAACACUGUAGAGCCACCAGAAGCAGCUCUUGCUAAUAAUUUCGCGUUGCAGGACCGCAAUUAUAAAACAAGCACCAUUGAGGGAGGCAGCAGUACCGGUGAUCCAAGCAUCGGAGGCAGCAAUUUGAAGCUAGCAAUAACGGCUAAUCAAAGCGAUUCUGAGUGUUUUAACGACAGCUUUAACAAUCGAGGAGGGGGCGGAGGCCAAUCCCCGCCGACACCUACUGUCGGGAAAACCCUGCUUAAUACCAGUGCUAAUCUUUUGCCCAUUACCACUGCAUCGGACACCUUUAAUAAUUUGAAGAAUCUCCUAAAGAUCGAUAAAGGCUCCUCGCCGACUAACGGCGGAGGUAAUCACAGCGGCGGCAGCAGCGGCAAACGUGUGAACAACGAAGGGGGUAACGGCAGUUAUAAGCGCUCUCCCAAUUCCGGUGAAGGCCGCAAUAACUUGAACGGCGCUGGCAACAGAUCUGGAGCUUCUACUGCUUCGGGACACUUUUCGACUGGUUAUAACAAGAAUUCCGCCAAAAUUCGUCAACACGAUUCUGAAGUAAGCCCACGGCCUCGACGAUCUUUCCAGAGUGAUUCGUCGUCGUCGCGUUACUAUAACAAAAAUAGUGACAUUUUGGGAGGCUCUCAAGCUGGUGGUAUUGGCAACAACGCUAACACUGGCAACGGAGGCAACCCAUACAACAACAGCAACACUGGAGGAGGACGCGGCGGUUCACUAAACGCAAACAACAACGAUAACGGUGGACGCAGCGGACACGAGGGAAGAGGAGGCGGUUACAAUAACCACAACAGCAACUACAACGAGGGCGGUCGACGUAACUAUCAACCGCACAACUCACAAUCUGAUGGCGGCUAUACACGCAACAUAAAUUCGAGCUCUGGAAGCAACUACCGCUCACACCAGGGCUCACGUUACGAAAACGGCAAUGGAAACGGACAACAGCGUCAGUACGGUUCAUCAACUAACACUGGCUACAACAACAACUACAACAAUAGCAAAUCAUACGGAUCCCGAUCAAACGCCAAUGAUGGCAAUCUAAACGGCAACAACAACUCCAAUUAUCGUUCAUCUCAAAGAGAGAGAGGUGGUGACCGCGAGCGCGAAAGAGACGAUUACGUAGGCAAUAAUUAUCGGGAUUACGAAGACUCCCCUCGUGGAGGAGGCGGCGGCGGGCGUUAUAACAAUAACGGCAACCAAAACAACAAUUCGGUUCAAAACGGUUCUUCGGAUAGCAACACAAAUAGUUUAGAACGUCGUUUACCCCCUUCUGCUUUACGUCAGUCGGGCGGAGAACGCGGCGGCGGUGCCGGUGGUUAUUCGGAUUAUCGCGGCGAUCGUUCAUCUAACGACAACAAUUCGAACAAUAGGUCAUUGAAUAAUCGCUCACCAUCCACACGCGCAGGAGAUAAUGCAUUGGGUGGUGGUCACUCAUCGUCAGUACCAUCAUCGACCGUAAAUUCGUCAUCAUCAUCGCGUGGCAUUUCGCCAAAUUCGCCAGCUUUAGCAAACGCAAGCCAGCAUCCUACACCGGCUCCUACACCUCCACCAUCGGCUGGACGUUGGGUGCCACCAUCUUUGCGUCCUCAGCAUGGACUUUCUCAAGCCGAAAAGAAUGAUGCAGUUUUCAGAAAGGUUCGCGGUAUUCUCAAUAAAUUGACUCCAGAAAAGUUCCAAGAACUAAGCGACGAAUUACUCAAACUUGAUUUAAAUUCAAUUGUUAUUUUGAACGGCGUUAUUUUACUUAUUUUCGAUAAGGCAUUGGAUGAGCCUAAAUACUCGUCUAUGUACGCACAGCUGUGCAAACGGCUAUCAGAAGAAGCUCCAUCAUUUGAAAAGGAUUCAAACAGUUCGUGCACAUUCUUAAGACUACUGAUCGCGGUCUGUCGUGACAAAUUUAAUAAUCGUUUAAAGCGUGACGUCGCCGACGGAGAUACGCAAUUCAAUAAGGUACAUCGUCCUCAACAAGCAGCAGCCGAAAAUGAAGCCGACGAAGAGGAACGUCGCCACUUGGCCAAACAGCGCAUGCUCGGCAAUGUCAAAUUCAUCGGCGAGCUACACAAGUUGGACAUGCUCUCCAAGAACGUGCUACAUCAGUGCAUUAUGGAGUUGCUGGAUAAGAAAAAGAAACGUACGGCCUCGAAGGAAGAAAUGUGCGAGGACAUGGAGUGCUUGGCACAGUUGCUCAAGACGUGCGGCAAGAACUUGGAUUCAGAACAGGGCAAAGAGCUGAUGAACCAGUACUUUGAGACAUUGGAACGUCGUUCAAAAUCUACUGACUAUCCACCCAGGAUACGCUUUAUGCUAAAAGAUGUCAUCGAAUUGCGUGAAAACAACUGGAUACCUCGCAAGGUGGUCAACACUGAGGGCCCAGUGCCGAUCAAGCAAAUACGCAGCGAUGAUGAGCCAUUAAUACGCACUCCGUUCACUAAUCGCAACCGUGAUAUGCGCAAUAAUCGUGACGAUCGUGAUAGUGACAACUGGAUGAAUCGCUUAACGAUCAAUUUACAACCGGGAGGUUUAAAUGACAUGUUUUCGGGAUUGAGUGUUACGGGAUCAUCACCAAUUAUAUCACCAUUCACCACUCCUGUAGGAAACAACCGAUCAUACAACAAUAGAGAUCAUCGCAAUAAUCAAGGCGGCAAUGGUAAUUACAACAACCGUUACAACAAACACAAUAACCAAAAUGGUCUAGGCAGUGGCGGUGAUCGCGGUCAUCGCGAAGAUCGCCAACAUCAAAGAGGUGGUGAUCAAUCCGGAUCCCAGUACAACAAUAAUGGUGGCAAUCAAUUGAACAUGACUAGUAAGGAAUUGGCACCCCGUUUCAAGCGUAAUCUCAUCUCAACAAAUCAAGACUCUGUUGAGAAUUUGCAAAUGAGACCAGCUGCAAAUUCAUUGCUUUUUAAGGCAGCCUCACAAAAUCAUAAACUUCCAUCUAUGCUGCCGAUGUCUACACCACCCAACGGAAGCCACCAAAGCAAUGUUGGGCCUUCCACAGGUGGAUUUGGGGGAGGAUUCAACCAAAAAAAUGACACACAGUUGUCGAAUGCUCAAUAUCCCCUCUUGGGCACACCAACAUCGCACCUGAGCUCAUCCCAACAAAAUGCUCGACCAUCUUCCACGCCAUCAGCCGAAGCAGAAUACAAGAACUCACAGAACUUGGGCAAUAACGAGAGAUCCUUGAAAAACACUUCAUCCAAUCCCAACUUUUCUAGCAAUUCCUCCAUCAAUCAGAGAAACACUGGAGGCUUCGAUCACCAGGAGGAUGGCAAUGAAAAGAAAUCGCUUCUUAAUACACCUCAGGUGCAGCUGAUAACAAAACAGGGAUCAACUGAAAAAACUCCCGGUGCUAAUGGAUCCGCAAAGCAACAAAAGAAGGAAAAGACCUUCAACAAAGAAGAGGUGCUUAAGAAAACUGCCACCUACAUCAAAGAGAAAUUCUUCUACACCCCAAUAGAAGACUUAAUCAAUGAAAAUUCUGAAAAUGAACACGAAAACAAAUCAAACCCCAUUGAUAAGCAAUUGAACGAAGUAGUUGAAGGUUUCUUGGAAUUAAAAGUUCCAGAAAAGUGUAUGAAAGAUGUUUGCAUCAGUACAGUCUUAGAUGUUUUGGAAAUAGCAGAUGAACAAUAUUUGGAUCGCGUUCUCAACUUUUUGCAAGCCCUCAAGAAGCAGGCCAACAUUAAGCCCAACCUUCUGCUCGAGGUCUUCAAACAUGUGGUCAAGAAAAUGAAUGAACGCGAAGCGCUAAACCCGCGUAUAACAACAUUUGUCGCCAAUCUAUUGGCAAAGGCCACAGUGGGAGAUACAUGUCUUUUGAAACUCAAUGAUAUUGCCAACUACACAGACAACGGCCAGCAUUAUCCAUUAUUCUUACUGGUGCUCCAACAGUUACACAAGAACAUUGGCAAAGAGCAAUUAGAGGACCAGUUCCGUGCUAGCAAAGUUGAUUUAAUGAAUUGUCUGCCUGAAGCCGAUCGCAAUAAGACUCGUUUAGCAGAAAUUCUUGAUGAUCGCUCGUUGACAUUCCUCUAUCCGUUGUUAAAAGUACAAGCUGAAAUGAACAAACAAUUAACAACCGAUCCCGACCCAACUAAUUUCUACAAAUGGAUCAAGGCCAAUGUCGAUGCCAAAUACUACAAAGAGGAAGGUUUUAUUAAUGCCCUCAUGACAGUCGUAGUCAAAUAUGUGACCUCACAAACCAGCUUCCCCGAGGGAACAGAUAUCAAAAAUUGCCCCGACAAAGCAACCAUACAGAAGGAAGAAAGCUUAUUACACAAAUACUGCCAAAUACUGAAAUCCUUCUUGGGACACAGCAUCGACUUGCAAUUGAUUGCCAUCUAUGCUCUACAAGUCUUUUGCGUAAAUGAAAAUUUCCCCAAAGGUAUGCUAUGCCGUUGGUUCAAAUAUUUGUACGAAGCUGAAGUUAUAUACGAAGAGACAUUCAUACAUUGGAAAGAGGAAAUAUCUGACAAGUAUCCUGGCAAGGGUACCGCUUUAUUCCAGGUUAAUAACUGGCUGACUUGGUUGCAAGAAGCUGAAUCAGAAGAUGAUGAAGAUUAAAUAUAAUUAUCAAAAAUCGUUCAAAGAAAGCGGCAACAACCAUAUGAUAAAAUACAAUUAGAUUUUUAACAAAUUACCUUACCCCCCUUACUUUUAAAUAAUUUAAAACAAAUCAUUCAUUUCUUUAAUAAAACCUAGCUCCAUUAUCUAUAUAAUUAUUUUUUUUUUCCAAUAACAUACAUAAAUAAAUUUUCUUUUAGUCGAAUUUAAAAAGAAAAUGAAAACAUACAACUAAAAACUCCCGAAAUAAUGUAAAUCAAUAUACAUAUAUUAUAGAAGCACUUCUGCGCAACACAAUUUCGUUGUUUGCCAUUCAAAAAAUAUACUGACUCAAAUUCUUAAUAACUAAUUUUCCUCCCUCUUUCCACAAGAUAUACUAUAUAUAUAUAUUUUUUUUAAUUUUUAACACUUAUUGACAAAAUUUAGCAAACACAAAGAUUAUAGAAAUUAAUGAGAUGUUUAAAAAAAAAACGAAAUUCAAAUUUACUCUUGAAAACAUAAAAAACAAAAACAAAAUAAAUGAACUUAUCAAUUAAAAUAUCGAUCAAACAAAAAUUAAUAAUUUCAAAUUGUAUUCAAUAGAUAUAGAGAUAAAUAUAAAAUUAUAAACAAAAACUAUAAAAAAGAAAUAAAGCGAAAAUAACAGCCAAACGCAA